AUGAAUACGUUCCAGUGUACUUUCACCGGUUGUGGAAAAGUUUUUAAUGCGAAAAAUAAUUUGACCCGUCACGCUAAAACUCGCGAUAAUAUAAAAAUUCAAUGCGCUCUGUGUUCGAAAUUAUUUACGCGUAAAGAUAACCUCGAUACACACGUUAGAAUUGUCCACGUUGGUGGAAGAGUCGCCCCGCCAACUAUUGCCCCGCAAGCAGGACCCUCGACUUCUACAACGGCAUGGACCACAGACGAGGAAAAUGACACGUUGUUGACAGAUGUAUAUCAAGCCAUCAAUGAUAUAGAGGGGUUCGACAACGAAGGUAAGAUUUCUUUUAUUAUGGCACACCAUAUAGCGAGGGAAUUAAUUUAGGGUUUUUCUUUCUGUUUCCCUGUAGGUAGGUUAGGUGCGUGCAGAGAGGACACCGCCGCGAAAGUGAAAAAAGCAAGGAUGGACUUAGUAAAUACCCCGGGAUUUAUGUGUCUCGAAGGCGUGAUUACAAGUAUGACUAUGUGUUGA